AUGGUCCGGCCGCUUGGCGCCCUUGAUAUAAAGAAGCAACCCGUGGAGGAUGACUGCUGGCCCAUGAAUGGGUUGGGACGUGCUUGUGUUCUGUCUACCCUGGGACUUGAUGGUCAGACCGGCAGGGUGGCGCCCUCACCUGCCUUCCUUCACCUGCCUUCCUGCAAACUAGACAUGAAGUUGCAUCAGCUGCUGCACCUCGCAGAGCGAAUUGAACACCUUGGGCCAAGUUUCACAACCGCGAUGUGGGGCUACGAAUCACUGUGGAACCAUUUGGUGAAGCUGAUGAAGAACAAGCAGUACUCCGAGGCUACCUGUAUGCGCAGCUGGAUACAUAAGGAGUCGGUGAUUCUAGCUGCGGAGAGGUUACCCGAGGGCCUCUGCUCUUUUGAACCCCCACAGGACGCCGUGUCCGCUGGAAAGUUGACCCAUCAGCAGAAGGCAUAUUGGACAGUCACUAAUUCCACCGGCCCCAGCGUUGACACUAUCUCUAGAAAUGCUGCAAUAGGAUUUAAGCAGGCACGGCGCGAGACCCUUCCGGAAGGCUUCCUCCUGGAGAUGCAUGAGACUUACCUGCGCCACAGCACCGACUACUCUGAUUUAUUUGGUGUCUUCACCGCCUGGCUGUGGGAGCAGUGGACUGAUGACACGACCCCGGGGCCAUUCCUGUCCGACUAUCUUUCACACAUGAGGAUAAGGACCCACUCAAGAAGGACGCUGUUGCACCGGGACAGCCAUGGCUCUGUGUCCAUGCGGAACAAGGUGCUUGCCAAGUGCUGCCUCAGUGAGCUGUGGUGCCAAGAUGUGUGGGUGCAGCCGGGUUUGCUGUUGGGGUCAAAGCCAAUCAGUGGUAUACAUCUCGCAGGCAGGUUCUUGGAGAAGCUCGUGGCCAUCAAGCUCAACAACAACGUGGAGCUCACUGCAUUCGAUAGCAACAAGCCUAAGACAUCACAGGCCUGCUGGUUCAUCACCCGGAGAUGCAACUCCAGCGACAAAAUGUGGGCGGGGAAGGUGCUGGGCUUGUACCGCUACAGGUCGCCAUUGAACAGGGAUAAGUUCGAUGUGGUGCUGGAGGUCGAAUGGCAUGCUCCCCUGCUGGGGAACAACAGUGAUGCCGAAGUUGCAGUCGACCAGUUCAUGAAUGUCCCCUUGGUGGACGCAAGGGCUGCCAGUGUGUCCAACACAGGCUCUCGUUACUACCUGGCUGAGGAUGUUGCGCCUUGCCGAGUGCACAUCUUGCCACACCCCAGUAAGCGGGGCGCCCUGUGUGUUCUUUCAAGAAGCUACAGCUUCAUGCGGGUGGCUGGCUGGGAGGCCCUGCAGCCACAGACCCCAUGGGCGAGGUCACGGUAG